AUGAACCUGAAAAUGCCUUCAAUUCAUAAACUUCAUACUGAUUCAAAUUAAAACAUUCCUCAACCUCAUAAUGAUAAUUUGAAAAGAUAAGAUAUCUCACCAUCAGAAAAAUUUCCCUCAUAUUUAUUUACUAAUCAUUCUUUUUAACCAACUCUAAAAAUAUAGGCUACUCAAAAAGCAUCAAUUUUUUGUCAAAGAAAAGAAACAUUUUUAAAUUCAAGUUAUCGUGAUAUUUCUCAAUGUGAUAUUUAUGGAAGCCUAUAAAAAUAUAAAAUAGAAAAAUAAGAUGAUAACCUAGCUCGAUUUCGUGGUAGAAAAAAGUCUAUAAAGUAGCAUUAAUCCCCUUACAAUUUAAAUUAACAAUCUCCUACAUCAAUAAAAAAUAUUGAGAGCCAAAAAAAAAUCCUUGAGAAUGUAAUAGAUGAUGUUAAAUUAAAUAAUACCAAAUUAAAAAAACUCGAAAAAUCUCCUCUUGGUAAAAACGCUCCUGUUCACAAUUUUUACUACCAAAAAGGUGUGAAAUAACUGUAACCAUUUUAGAUUGAAAAGUCUGUAAAAGAUUUAAUGAGGCCAUUUCAUUAACAAAGGGAAAAUUUGCUUUCUCCCAUAUAAACAGAGAGAAGCCUGAUUUAUCCUUAAAGACCAUAAAUUAAAAGGCCAAAAGAAUUUUUAGAUAAAUUGAAAAAUAGGUUAUUGAAAAGGAAAUAAACUAUGUAUUUACCAUAAUCAUAGAUUUAAGAAGAUCCUAUUUAAAGAAAACUUAAACAUUUUUAAAAAAGCAUAUUCGAAAAUUAAUGCAUACAUACAAUAUACAUUCGUCCUUCAGCAAUAAGAAUAUAAAAAUAUAAAAUUUAGGAUCCAAAAAAUGAGAAUAUUUUGAAAAGAUGUUUGAGUUUUAGAUGGUGGUGGUAAGAAGCAGAUGAGACUGAUGAAGAUGUAUAGUUUUUAUGGACUAGUCAAGCUUCAAGUUCUUUUUUAAAUAAAUAAAGAUCAAGACACAUAAGUGAUAAAAUUGAAUUUUAACCUUUUGAAUAGAUUUUAAAACUAUGCGAUAAUGUUGAAGAUUAAAUGAAAUUUGCUAUUGAACAAAAACUCUGUUUGUUAUCUCCUUUUAUAAAAAUACAUAAUCAUGUAGAUUUGAUGAAUCCAUUUUGGACAAAAAAAAAUUUGAUUUAUAGAUUGAAAAAAUACUGCACUUUAACAAAUCAAAAUUUUUGUGAUUUCUGUCCAUUUUCAAUAAUUGUUAAUAAUCUAGGAGAAGAAUAAUUGUAUGAAUUUAUAAGAAACUAUAAAACUUCUACUGAUAUAUGGAUUGUUUUGAAAUGUGAGAAUGAAGGUUAGAAAUUUUAGGUUUGUGAAAAUACAAAAAGUAUUUUUAACUUUAUUCACUAAGAAUACUCAACUCCAAGUAGAAAUUAAUAAAGUUUUAUAAUUUAAUAAUACAUAAGAUCGUUUGUAUAUCAAUAAAUAAAAUUAGAUUUAUGCUAUUAUUUAAUGAUAACUCAAAUAAAUGGAAUAGUGAGAGCGUAUUUAUUUGAAUAAUUUUAUGGUGAAAAAUCAUAAAUAAAUUUUUCACCAUUUGAACAUGAAUUUAAAUCUUAAUAAAAUCUAGAUAAUGAUACAGAAAAGAUAUAGAUGAAAACUAUUAUAGAAUAUUUUGAUGAUUGUAGAGUUGAUUAUGAUUACAAAAUCCUUCCUUAAAUAAAAAUAAUUAUAUGUGAAUAUAUUAGAUCAGUGUUUACUCAAAUGCCAGUUAAAGAUCAUAAUUUUGAAGUAUUCAUUAAAUAAGACUUAGUUACUUUAAGUAAAAAUAGUGAUUGAUAAUCAAUAUAAACCCUGGCUAAUAGAUGUUAAACCUAAAACCGAAUUUAAUUAAAGUUCAGAUUACAUAAAAGAAUUUGUUUAAUAGCUAUUUGAUAAUACAAUAUAGCUUUCAGUGGAUAUCUUAUUUCCUUCUCCUUCAAUUUGGCCUAAAGAAAAAAAAAGGCUAAUAGAUGUCUAUCCUGAAUAAAAUGACUUUGUAGUCAUUUUUGACUCUAGAAUGGACGGUCAAGGUUUAAAAUCAUUGUUUGAAGAAAAAUAACCUGAAAGUAACAAUGAUGAUGAAUUUUGA